GAAAAAUGGCUGGCAUCUCACUUAGACUUGGCCUCGCAUUCCUCUCCUUGGCGGCAGGGACAAUCCUUCAGAAUGGGCAGCCAAGAAUGGUGGAUUUUCCCAACACAAAAAUCCAGCCAUCUAACUACUCGUUUGCCACAUAUCCCGCCAACGCUUCCGAACUCUCCUACAAGGGACGGUGGGAUUCGAAGCACUACUCCUGGUGGUCCGCCGCGGGACUGGUCUUUGGCUACACUGGACAGACGGUGGCCAUCUCAUUCGGAAAUCUGACGGAUCAGGGUGUCCUCGUUGGAUACAGGAUCAGUGGACUUGACUGGCAAUUCACCAACAUCACGAAAGGCGCAACACAUCUCCUUGUCAGCCCGGAGACUCCAGGAGCGAAUCUCACCGACCCGGUAAAUCCCUCGACCUUGGAACUGCGGGUAAGCAAUUGGGGAUACGGUGUGCAAAUCGACAAGGUCCACGUCGCCCACGGGGAAAAGUUGAUUCAAGUACCCGACCACCCCAGAAGAGUAGAGGUCAUCGGAGACAGCCUCUCUGCGGGAUAUGGGAACACAUACGAGUCGCUGUCUAGCUUCGCGUAUGGGCUCGGUGCCGGGUUAGGAAACACCGAGUAUGAUAUAAUUGGGUACCCAGGCAUCUGCGCCGCGGACCAGGACUGCUGGGGAAAUCCCCGGGGGCAGGUCCAUCAGUGGUUCUACACCUCCGACACCCGCUCCCAGGCGAUGGAUAUUUGGGGAGACAACCCCGAGCCUUGGGACUUCUCUCGACAUACUCCGCCAGAUAUUGUGGUGAUCAACAUUGGCACGAAUGACCAAAAUGAGGCCAAUAAUGUUUCAACUGAGAGCUAUGUCGAUGCUUACACCAAAUUGGUCCAAGGGGUCCAUGGGAAAUACCCCAAUGCAAACGUUAUCCUCAUGUCCCUAUGGAUUGGAUUCUACCAAGAGGGCAACAGCUAUGGCACCAAUGCUGGUCUUGGCUUCGAGAAGGAAAUCUACUCUAUCUACGAAUAUUUCAAUUCGGAUCAGUACUUGGACAAUCCAAUCAUCUACGACGGAGUGACGAAUAAGACAUCGACCUUGAACAGCACGUCGCGGCCUUUUGUGCACUACUUCAAUACCACCGGCAUCAUGCAGCACAACGACAUCGGGCCUUCAUACCAUCUAACUGAUGUCGGCGCGAUUAAAAUUGCGAGCCACCUAAUACAAUACAUCAGGAUAAAAUUCGGUUGGGAUCUCUUUGCCACUGGACCCGAGGUGCAGCACGACACAGUCUACUGGAACGACGAAGUAAACUACUAA